AAGAUAUUUACCAAUUGAAGUCAAGGUUUUAUUUGAUCUUUGUCUUGAAAGCGAGACAUUUGUUUCUUAUACUGCUAUAUUUCCGCCGUAUUGAUACCAGGAUUAUGGCAGAGAGGAUUUGUUCCCAUUAUAACUUAAGAUCCAAACGACAAAGAGCUGAUGCAGAGGAGAGUGAAGCCCAAACAAAGAGACCAAGACGAAAAAGACGGGGAGAAGAAAGUGGAACAAUAUCGACAUCUACUACAGAGCAUCAAUCACAGGCCCGUAGUAGUUCAAAGAAAAGAGUUCAUGAAUCAUUGGCGCCUAUUACCGGAAAACCUCCCAACGAAGAGAGUAGGGAAGACGGGGAAUCAUUAGAGGGGGAAGUCCCAGCUUGUUCAUCAUUAUAUAAACAUUAUAAACCUGACAAAGAUGGAUCUUCUUCAGAAAAGUCCAAAGAAAAGUUCGUAUCGGUUGAGAUCCCAGUACUGCGCGACGAUACGGACUUACGCGAUGAGAAUGCUUAUGUAGUAAACGAUUUGUUUCUCAACCAGGGGAGAGAGAAUGCAUCAUUACUUUAUUCUAGAAAAUCCACGCCAGACGAUAGAGGAACGAUUGCAAAUAUAUCAGAAAUAUCUGGUAUAAAAGCUGAGAUACAUCUAGAGCAGCUUGUAGAGGCGACUGCUAGCAACGAUAACAAUGGUCUUGAUAUUUCUGGUACGUCAACACAGCUUGACAAUGCUCAAACAGAUGCAGAACAGGAUGAAUAUGUUUAUAGGAUACUUCGCUUUGGAGAAGGUUAUACGGGUGGUCUUCAUCCGAAAAAUAUUGCUUCCAGAAUAAGCAUUCAGGAGCAUGUUGCGAACGGCAGUAAAGGAAUACAAUCUAGGUAUAUUUCCUGCUGUAAAACUCUUUAUGGUAUUAGAAAACUUGGGGGAAUUACGAACGAAUCCAGUCGGAUACGUGAUGUUGUGAAGAUCAAUAUCACAAAACUUAAGGAGCUUAGGAGCGAGGUUCAAAUCAUAGAUCUGACGGAUACCAGCAUUCGAAUAAAUCAUAUUCGUCCUGAGUCAAAUGCGUGGGGAUAUGCAGAAAGAUUUGAAGAGGUGAUUCUACGUCCCACUUCUCAUAUUCCUCCGGAUUAUGUUAAAUAUAUUGGCAAAAUUCAUAAGAGAACAUUUACACCAAUGGAUAACGCAUGAUUAAUACAAUAAUAAACGCAGUUUGUGAUAUAUCAGAAUAACCAGACGAUAUAGGGAUUGUUCAAUGUGUGAUUCAGCAGACGUGUUAUUUCUGAUUUUGUGUCAAAUAUAUUUGUAUGUAAUGACAUGUAAAAGUUAUGAAUAAAACAGUUUUUGCGCA